CGCGCGUGAAUGAAGACUCGGCCUCCCUUGCUCGACUUUCCACCCACAACAUACACCGCACAGCCCUCGCCAUCUCGCCGAUACACUGCUGUGCUGGAGAGAAUUGAACGGCAUAUCUGUUCCAGGCCUGUCCCUCGCCAUGUUCGACACUGCAAAGUAGUAUUCCCGCGACGCGCUCCAUGGCACAUGUCGCUCUCGCGAAUGCGCUUGUCCACCGCACGACAACACCGCCCUCGCAGCCAGCAGAUGAGGAGCUGUACGCUCGCCUGCUGCGCUUGCGCGAUGUCGUCGUUGCUGGACAGCAUCCCUCGAUCAAGCUGCCAGCCGCAGCGAUAGAGCGACUGAAGCGAUCCUUGCUCGCGUCUGACCCAUCGCAACCUGACCCUCGUCAGCGCUUGUCGAAUAGUGGCAUCAAUGACGCUGCCUUCCUCGCUAAUAGCCUCCAGCCCUCUUCUUUGCCGACACAAGGCAGUGUACCCGGCUUGGGCGGCUUUGCAUCAUCUCUUCCCAAUGAAGCGCGCCAGCAAUCUCUCCUCCAACGCCCCUCCGCCUCCGGACUCGAUCCGAUUUUCUUGGAAAAGUCGGACAGCCUGAUAAGAGCAGAGGGCCAGCUGAAGCGCCAACGACUCGAGCGCGUCCUGCAGGAGCAAGGAGAGCAGCGCAAGCAUUCGUCGCGAGACAGAGACGGCGGCGCUGAUGCCUCCGCACACAUAGACAUCGAGGCCAUCCUCCUCUCUGCCCUGGAGCGCGUGAGGCCAGUGUCGGGCUUGCGGGAUGCUGACAAGUCGGGGGAUGAUAGCUCGUUCGAUGAGAACGACUACUACUCCAGCCAAGUUCAAAGUGAUUGGUCGUCCGAAGCUAGCGUGGGCAAAGGCUCUGACGAGGCUACAGGUGCCUUCACCGCCGACUUCGAGCGUCUCGAUGGCGCGGGACUGCCUUCUGCUGGCGUUGUGCCCGGCAUAUCUGUACACCAACCGUCAAAAGCUGGUCCCCAAGUGUAUACCCAUGAGCCAGAAGACGAUUACGAGCCUGGAGAAGAAGAGGAAGAUGAAGGCGAUGAAGAUGAUGAAUACACUCCUCCCGAUGCGGCCGCGUUCGAUAGCUUCCACGAAGAGGUUGCAGUGGGCCCUACUGGCCAAAUCACGCCGCCGGAAGACGACAACUCGGACUACGAGCCCGAAGAGAUUACCGACAUUGACGUGACGACACCCAACCACCCCCCACAGGCCUCCCCUCGCAUGCAAUUCGCUCGCAACCAUCUUACACAUAUCGUCGCGCCACAGCCCAAUCGCGUCUCCCCGCUAGCUACCAAAGGCCCGACUAUCGAGUUGGAGCUUGUCAAUGGCCGACCUGAAGUAGUGCGGAAGCCUCAAACGCGUCGCGCCCAUGUACACUCGCGAGCUUCUACUGCAUCGCCCUCCGGCAACGGUGCCACUGGUGGCAGCAAAAAACAACGCCGCAACAAGAAGCGGAAACGAGAUGCCGAACCUUCUGGCCGGUCCAAGCGACGGCGAGAGCGGCAAGCCGCGCCGGAAGCGAAUGGAGCCUUGCCCUAUGAUGAGCCUUAUAUCAAGGACGAGCCUGUGUCACCUCCGCCAUUCCUGAGUGUAAUCGAUGCGCCGCCGUAUGGUCAGACAUACGUUCAAGCAAGGCCGGCCGAAAUCGAUUUGACAUCUCCACGAUAUGUCCCGCAGCCUCAAUAUGCUUACGAACCUCCAUAUUCGCGUCUUGGAUACCAACAGCUACAAGCCGCUUCGCCUGCGGUCGUAAGGGUUGCUUCUCCCUCGGCUUAUCGACCGGUACAACGGGAUACGCAAGACUUGAGGCGGGUGGCCAGCCUUCACUACGCCCAGCGAUCACCGCAGCAAAGGACUUAUUCUCCUGUUGCUCCUUACCGAACAGCAUCCAUGACUUAUGGCGACCUGGAUCUACGCCAAACCAGGCCGCCAGCUGAAGCUGCCUAUCACCACGGUGCAGAACGUUUGCGUUCACCUUUACGGGAUCCAGAGCAUGGUGGUGGGUACGUUGCAGGAGCAUCAAGCCCUGGAAUGAUGCCGCCGCCAUCGGCACCUGCGCGAAAGAUUGUGGUCGACCAACACGGAAACCGAUAUCUUGCAGCUGAAGUCAUGCCCAGUCCAGCUCCGGUGCAAGUCUCGCCAUACGAACCCGUGGACCCCCGCAUGGCACCACCGCCCCUUCCCGCAAGCAGAAGACAGCCAGAGCAAUACGUUCAGGCAAACGCGUACUCGAGCCACGACUCGCACGCUGCUGAACCGCUGCGGUACAGGGAGGUGUCAACCUCGCCCGUCUACCAACCAAUCCAAGGCUAUGAGCAAUUCCAGCCAAUGCCUCAACGUCAACAGACAGCAAUGCAUGUUAACCAGCUGUACGCCCCCGCAAGGAGCUACAGCACGCGUCCGGACGAGCAUCAGGUCUUCCAACCCCAGGCGUACGGCAACAACUCCCUACGCCAUGCAAGCGUGGCUCCGGUACAGUACGCGCGCCAGGAUGUGCCGGCUCCGCCCAUCAGGGCUGUCAGUGUGAUGCCCAGCGCCGAGCACGGAAAUGGCGGGCUGGUGUAUCAACAGCAUGUGCAGCCGCAGCAACAGCGUGGCUACUCGCAGGCGCCUCCUGGGGUGAUGUAUGUGGAUCAGAAUGGGAAUCCGGUGUUUCCGACGGAGAUUAGACAGGUGCGGUAUUGAUGGCACUACGGGUUUCGAGGACUUGGAGGUGGUGCAAAGGAAUGCCAGUGGACGGCGUGGUUUUGGGCCCUGCGAUGAACAGAUGGAGGUUGGUCGAGACGAGGAACAUCAGAUGACUUGAUUGAAUAUGGUCCGGAUCCAUUAUGUAUCGCAGGACUAAUCAAUCUUGUUUGUGCAUUCACGCACGCGACACCGCCUUGUCGUUGGGAUGAUGUGAAAUGUGCUCGGUGCUCGGAGGGUCAAAAGCUCGGCAGGCCGGCAAGUGCGACCCUGGCCCUGCUGCCAAAGUUGGAAGGUCAUCGU